ACAGUCUUUAAUUUGAAGUCACUCCUACCCGAAUGUGCUCCCUCAGGCACAAGAGCGCACUGUAGUCUGUUAUUCACAUUCACAGGUUUACUGUAGCUGCACCUCAGUGGAUCCGCAAGGACAUACACGCACCUUUGAAUCCAGCUAUUUGAAUGCAGCUUUUGUUUUAAAGGUUUUUUUAUGUGAUGUUUUUUGUUUUUACUCAAUGGAUGAGACCUGAGCAAAAAGUUGGCACUUGCAAGAUACUCCUUUGCGUAAAGGAUCGACUCUGAAUCAUGUAUUGCGCAGAAUCUCUGCUCACUUAGGAUUAAUUUACAUGAGAGAGGCGCAUCUUCAUCUCACAGGAUGCGAGUAACGCACUGAAUGUUAUUGUAUGCUUUUGGGCACUGGGUACCAAACUUGCGUAAAGAGCCUGAUUCGGCACAAGUAUUGAUUGCUUGUCACAAGUAGGUGAUUGAUACAAUGUCAGCUUUACGGAGGAAAUUUGGCGAGGACUACCAGGUGGUAAACACCAAUCGGGGUAUGACUUUUUCCGCACCGGUGAAGAGAAAGAGGCAGCGGUUUGUGGAGAAGAACGGUCGCUGCAAUGUCCAGCACGGUAACCUUGGCGGGGAGACCAGCCGGUACAUCUCCGAUCUGUUCACCACGCUGGUGGAUCUCAAGUGGCGCUGGAACCUACUCAUCUUCAUCCUCACUUACACAGUUGCAUGGCUGGUCAUGGCUUCAAUGUGGUGGGUCAUCGCUUACAUCCGCGGCGACCUGAGCCACGGCGGCCACGACUCGUCCUACACUCCGUGCGUCGCCAACGUGUACAACUUUCCCUCCGCGUUCCUGUUUUUCAUCGAGACGGAGGCGACCAUCGGUUACGGCUACCGCUACAUCACGGAGAAGUGCCCCGAAGGUAUCAUCCUCUUCCUCUUCCAGUCGCUGUUGGGGUCCAUCGUGGACGCCUUUCUCAUCGGCUGUAUGUUCAUCAAGAUGUCGCAGCCGAAGAAGCGCGCGGAGACGCUGAUGUUCAGCCAGGACGCGGUCAUUUCCCAGCGGGACGGGAAGUUGUGCCUCAUGUUCCGAGUGGGGAACCUGCGGAACAGCCAUAUGGUGUCCGCGCAGAUCAGGUGCAAACUCAUCAAGUCUCGGCAGACCCCAGAAGGUGAGUUCCUGCCUCUGGACCAGUGUGAGCUGGAUGUGGGUUUUGGUACAGGAGCAGACCAACUCUUCUUAGUGUCGCCCCUUACCAUCUGCCACGAGAUCAACACCAAGAGCCCGUUCUUCGAUCUGUCGCAGCGCUCACUCAUGAACGAGCAGUUUGAGAUUGUUGUCAUCCUAGAAGGCAUCGUGGAGACAACUGGUAUGACAUGCCAGGCCCGGACAUCUUACACUGAAGAUGAAGUCCUGUGGGGCCAUCGUUUCCUUCCCGUCAUGUCACUGGAAGAAGGCUUCUUCAGAGUUGACUACUCCCAGUUUCACAAUACCUUUGAGGUCCCUACGCCUCCUUACAGUGUCAAAGAGCAGGAGGAGAAGUCCUCGCUGACGUCGCCCAGCUCUCUACCUGUUGCACCCACCCCCUCAUCCCCUCUGCUUGGUAACGGUGGCCGCGGAGGCCGCAGGGAAAGGCUCCUGUCAGCUGACUGUGCAGAACACGUCGAGGAUCAAGCCUCCAGGCUGCCCCGCAAACUCCAGCGCAUGAGUUCCACCAAGGAAGAGCACCUGUGGAGGGGGCUGAAGACGGGGCCAGCCUUGCCUGGGGGGAAGGCUUCUAGCACAGGAGACCUGCCCCUUAGCAUUCAGAGGCUGAGGUCCAGCUCCAUCCCUGCUGCUAGGCAAGGACAGCUGGAGGAGCAGGUCCAGCUGUUGUCCUUGGAUGGAGAUAUUGAGGAGAGUGAGCUGGAGAAACACAGACUGCCAGGAGCCAUUAGCACCAUCUCUGCUCCAACCCCAACACCAGUCCAGAUCCCCUUUGUAGGGGGUCGACCAGAGGACAGCCUGCCCCCCAAGUUGCGCAGAAUGAAUGCAGACCGCUGACUUCUGCUGACUACCUUUAAGACUAAAAAAACAUUUUGAAAAAAUUGAAUCAGGCUUGAUGGGCAUUGCAUAUAAAUAAAGACUACUGUGAUAUGUU